CCAUCACUAGCAAAGUGACGGCUUGUAAAUGGUUAAUAUUUAAAAUUGCUUGAGCUGGCGGUAAAAGAGAUUGAUCCCAAAUAGCUAUUACCUGCGGACGCAGAUUUCCGCGAAGUCAGCCGCUAAUACAGGCAGACAGAUCGUUUAUUAGAUCCCUGUGAUGUAUAUAAGCAGCAGUCGCACUGUUCAGAGCAGUCAGACCAUGGAGACUUCGGAAGCUGUGAAUACGUGUGCGGAGGCAAGAGACCAGCUGAACGGAUCCUUUCGGCUGCAGUGCUCGGUAUCCUCCGUGGACAUGGAGAGCGAGAGCGACCUGUCACUGGCCUUCGAGCGCGAGGAGCAGUCCCCGGACGGCAGCUGCGACGAGUUGCCGGCCUUUGAGAUCCGCGCCUUCUCACCCCACGGACGUACCCCGUCCCCCAUCGACGAUCUCAGCCUUUCCGACAUCGAGACGCCCAAGCAGCUGCUUAAACAGCAGCCUCCUCGGAACGAGGAGGAACCCUCCCGCCAACACGACCCCCAGUACGUAGCGCUGCACGAGAUUAACGCCCAGAUCAGCCCGCCUUGCGACGCCGACGACUCCAACAGCCUGGAGACCAUCUUCGAGGGCGUCUUCCUGAACCCCCCGCGCGAGAAAGGCACAAACUCCGUCAGCUCGCGAUUCACGCCCAAGCGCAGCCGGGCGAAUCUCAUCGAACUGAUGGCCAUCGAAAACCGCCUGCACGGCGGGAAGGAGAAUCAGUCGCCGGGAGCGCGAGUCUCCGAACUGCAAUCGCCCCCACCGCUGAAGGACCCCACCUAAUGACUAGCACACAUAUGAUCCCAACCAAAGCGAUUGAGCCCUCGCUCGGACUGCCAUCGAAUGUUCUAGACUAAGUUUCGAUUUACCUGAAUUUAAGGUCUUAUGCCAGUAAUCGGCAGGUGUACACCUUGAUGUGUAUCCUCGACUGAUCCUUAAGUAUAUCCUAGCUACGUGCCCUGACUGUUUCAAUCCCAGGCAAGACGGUUUUGUAUUGGUAAAUAAAGAUUGUCUUUCCAUGUUUUAAACA